AUGCGUAAGAGUGACGAUAAUGCAAGCCUCGAUGUUGAGUCCAACGAUGAACUGAAAGGCAAAACACCAUUGAUCGCCGUCGGGAAAGGAAAAAAGAGCGGACUGAAGAAAGUAACGGGAAUUUUCGAUUUCAUCCCGAGACUCGCCGCCAUAAUUGCCGCUGCCACCAUGGGGACCAGCAACGAAACGGCCCCGUUUUUAUGUCGGUUUUUCCAUGUCCAAGCUAGCUACGACGAUCUUCCCACAUUCCGAUUCCUCGUCAUUGCAAUAGCAAUAUUAUCAUGCUAUCUCGUCCUUUCCCUUCGAUUCUCCGUUGUCACCAUUUUCGAAACUCUAUUUGAUGCCCUACCGAGAAUCAUCUUAUUUAUUUUGGAUAUAGCGGUAUCGUCUCUGGGCACAACGUCCGCAGCGAUGGCUGCAGCCAUAGUUUACUUGACUCACAGCGGCAACCCUGACACAAACUGGUUAUCCAUUUGCCAACAAUUUGGAGAUUUUUGCCGGAAAGUGAGCGGAGCCGUCGUGGCAUCAUUCGUGUAUUAUUAUCCCAUUUAUCUAUCAAAAUGUCUAACUAUUAGUAAAUGUUCUAUCUAA